AUGAGAAACCCCGGGCCUGCCGAAGCCGGGAUCACACCGCAUCUUCUUCCCCCAGCCGAAGAGGCUCUGAAAGUUUUUGACAAUUACCUGAAUGGGUCUCACGUUCAGAAUCCGUUCCUUCUCCGACGAGAGGUGCGAAAAUUAUACCGCACCGUAUUUUCAUCACGAUUUCCGGAGAACGAGACCAAGGACCAGCAUGUCACAGAUCAUGAUUUAUUUCGUGCAUUCAUGAUUUUGGCAGUGGGAUCUAUCCUUCCGUAUCGCAACGGAGUCAUCGAACAUCAUCCCUCCAUCACUUUGGACCGCCCCUGCGCCAUUGCAGACAAAUACGUUCGGAUUGGCUUUCCAGCGGAUGCCAACGAUGAAGAUAUAGAGAACGCGGAUCUAUCGGGGUCGUUCAAGGAUUUGGAUUCUUUCUGUGCCGCCUCGUCACUUCAUUCAUCACCCGGUGGCGUAAAUACUGAGAUGUCAGUCUUCGUCACUUGCCUCAGGCUUCGUCAAAUUACCUCCUCCAUACAUUCUAAAUUUGGCGACAAAUCAAAUUCAACAAGCAUUCGGCAUGAAACAACAGCCAGAGGGACUAUUUACUCUGAGCUGGAGCAGCUGCUGAGUGAACUGCACGUAUGGCGCUGCUCUACUCCUACAUUCAACAACCCACGGAGCUUGUACGAGAUGCAAGACUGGUACGAUCUUCUCUACUUCAGAGAGCAGCUACAGCUUGUGAGGAAGGCCAUUGAUUUGGUCCCUAAGAGGAGUGGUACUCCACCGCGAGACCUUUUAUACCUAUGCUUACAAUGCGCCACUAGGGCGAUCAUGGCUUUCUGGAAGCUCGUUGAGCCUAAAAAGGUGGCCUUCACGAGGAGCUAUUUCCAAUUGCUUUUCACAGCCGGGCUCUCGAUAAUGUACUGCCUGUCGGUGGUUGGGGAUUCAGAACCCGCAUCCAUGAGAGCUGGCACUGAGGCCGUGACAACCUGCGAGUAUAUCUUGAAGCAGAUGAGUGUAGACUUGUCAGAUAUAAAGCAUUAUAUCGCUGUAUAUGAGGCACUGCGUGGCUAUGUCAUUCGAAAGUACAGUUACCAUUUGCAGACGGAUCCACACCCGGGGGACAGCGUUCUUGCUUCAGCAUCCGAUAUAUACCAAUAUUGUGUCUCUAACGUUGCUGCUGCUUAUGAACAACGGAAUGAGAAUGAUAUAUCGAGCGCUCGAACUCCGAUCACCGGCGGUAUUGGAUUUACCUUCAACCCCGCAGAGCAAACCCCAGGAAAUUUGCGGGUGCCUGACCCCCAGUUGGCAGAACUCCCAACAGUGCACGGCACAGCGGAUCCUUCUUACAACGAGGAAUAUAUCCCCGAGGGAUCCGUCCUCUCUUGGGGUAUCUUUGGGGAUGAUGCGUUGUGGAACAUGGAAGCUGGCUUGAAUGAAUACGCGUAUGGGGACCCGCCAGCGAAUCUGUAUUUGGAAGACCAUUUUGAUUUGCAAAAUAUUUUUUAG